AAUGAGCAACUAAAUACACAGGGACACAUGGGGAUAUCUAACAUAUCUCCCCAACUCUGACCUUGGGAGAGACAAUAAAAGGAGUGCGGGGCACUUGUUUAGAGGCCAACCCGUUUAGACUUUACUGAGGUGCUUGAGUGAAGAUUGGGGACCUGAAGACUUAAUCAUGUCCCGCUUUAUGGAAUUGAGGGAGUUCGGCGACGCGGCCACAUUUCUGCGUAAAACCAACUUGGAACAACUGGCUGCACAGGCCCAUGCGUUUGAUGGAAAGAAACGUGUUUGGAUUACGGAUGAGAAAGAUGCAUACACCGAGGUGGAGAUCAAAGAUACAAAUGGAGACAAAGUCACUGUGGAGACCAAAUAUGGACAGAUAUUAACAGUGAAAGAGGAUGAUAUUCAGCAGCUGAACCCACCUAAGUUUGACAUGAUAGAAGACAUAGCCAUGCUUACACAUCUCAAUGAAGCCUCUGUACUUUUCAACCUCCGCCGUCGUUACAGUUUCUGGAUGAUCUAUACAUAUUCAGGGCUGUUUUGUGUGACGGUUAAUCCGUACAAAUGGCUUCCCGUCUACUCUGCUCAAGUGGUUGCGGCGUAUAAGGGGAAGCGUCGCUCAGAUGUUCCACCUCACAUCUAUUCCAUAGCUGACAAUGCCUACAAUGACAUGCUAAAAAAUCGUGAAAACCAGUCAAUGCUUAUCACCGGAGAAUCCGGUGCUGGCAAAACUGUCAACACGAAACGUGUAAUUCAGUAUUUUGCCAUUGUAGCUGCUCUUGGCGAAGCUGGGGGCAAAAAAGGAGGUACAUUAGAGGAUCAGGUCAUUGAAGCAAACCCAGCUAUGGAAGCUUUUGGCAAUGCCAAAACCUUGAGGAAUGACAACUCAUCCCGCUUUGGAAAGUUCAUACGAAUCCAUUUUGGUCCUUCCGGGAAACUCGCAUCUGUUGAUAUUGACAUCUAUCUUCUGGAAAAAUCCAGAGUGAUCUUUCAGCAAGCCGGAGAAAGAAGUUACCACAUCUACUACCAGAUUCUCUCGCAUAAGAAACCAGAACUUCAAGACAUGCUGCUGGUAUCAUCAAAUCCCUUUGACUACCACUUCUGCUCGCAGGGGGUCACAACAGUGGACCACAUGGAUGAUGGAGAUGAGCUGCUUGGGACUGAUCAUGCAAUGGAUACCCUCGGCUUUACUCCAGAGGAGAAGUACGGCUGUUACAAGUUAGUUGGUGCUAUCAUGCACUUUGGAAACAUGAAGUUCAAAGUGAGGCAGAGAGAGGAGCAAGCAGAGGCAGAUGGCACUGAAAGUGCAGACAAAGCCUCCUAUCUUAUGGGGAUCAGUUCAGCUGACCUCAUAAAGGGUCUGCUUCAUCCAAGAGUUAAAGUGGGCAAUGAGUACAUAGUCAAGGGACAGACAGUUGAACAGGUGACCUAUGCAGUUGGUGCUUUGGCCAAAUCCACAUACGACCGCAUGUUUAAAUGGCUGGUUGGCAGAAUCAAUAAAACCUUGUACACGGCCCUGCCACGUCAGUUCUUCAUUGGAGUGCUGGACAUUGCUGGUUUUGAGAUAUUUGAUUUCAACAAUUUCGAGCAGCUUUGCAUCAACUUUACAAAUGAAAAACUACAACAGUUUUUCAACCAUCACAUGUUCAUCCUAGAGCAGGAGGAAUAUAAGACUGAGGGCAUCGAGUGGACCUUCAUCGACUUUGGAUUAGACCUACAGGCCUGCAUUGACCUAAUAGAGAAGCCACUGGGCUUACUGUCCAUACUUGAGGAGGAGUGCAUGUUUCCUAAAUCUACAGAUAGCAGCUUCAAAUCUAAACUCUAUGACAAUCACAUUGGCAAGUCUCCCAACUUCCUCAGACCAAGACCGGACAAAAAACGCAAAUACGACGCCCAUUUUGAGUUGGUGCACUAUGCUGGAGUGGUGCCCUACAACAUCAGUGGAUGGCUUGACAAAAACAGGGAUCCUCUAAAUGACACAGUAGUGGGAAUCUUCCAGAGGUCUUCCAACAAGUUAAUGGCGAGCCUCUUCGAGAACUUCAUCUGCUUGAAUUCAGAAUUGAAGCCAGGGAGCAAAGAGAAGAGAAAGAAAAGCGCGUCCUUCCAAACCGUGUCACAGCUACAUAAGGAGAAUCUAAACAAGCUGAUGAAAAAUCUGAAAAGCACUCAGCCUCAUUUUGUGCGAUGCAUUAUUCCCAACGAGACCAAGACCCCAGGAGUAAUGGAGCCAUUUUUGGUUUUGCACCAGCUUCGCUGCAACGGUGUCCUGGAAGGUAUUCGCAUCUGCAGGAAGGGAUUCCCCAAUCGGAUUCUCUACGCAGAGUUUAAGCAGCGCUACCGGAUUCUAAAUCCUUUGGCAAUCCCGGAGGAUACAUAUGUGGACAGCCGAAAAGCUGUGGAAAAGCUUCUUGGUUCUCUUGACAUCGAUCAUUUGCAGUACAAAUUUGGCCACAGCAAGGUCUUCUUCAAGGCAGGACUUCUUGGUCAACUGGAGGACAUGAGAGAUGAACGACUAUCUGAGAUCCUUACCUUGCUGCAGGCUUUCUGCAGGGGUAAAGUGAUGAGGAGGGAACGCGUGAAGAUGCUGAUUGAAAAGGAAGCUGCAACAGUGAUUCAAUGGAACAUUCGUGCCUUUUACGAGGUUAGGAGCUGGCCGUGGAUGUGUCUUUUCUUCAAGAUCAAACCCUUGCUGAGGAGCGCAGCCACGGAGAAGGAACUGGCUGCGCUGAAGGUGGAGUUCCAGAAGAUAAAGGAAGCUCUGGAAAGGUCAGAGGUCAAAAGGAAGGAAUUCGAGGAGAGACAGGUCUCUUUAGUGCAGGAGAAAAAUGACCUCUCCCUGCAGCUUCAAGCUGAACAAGAUAACCUGGCAGAUGCUGAGGAGCGCUGUAACCUGUUGAUUAAGACCAAGAUUCAAAUGGAAGGAAGAAUUAAGGAGCUGCUGGAGCGCCUUGAGGAGGAAGAGGAGCUCAAUUCUACCCUCCUAGCCAAGAAACGCAAACUGGAAGAUGAGUGUGUUGAUCUGAAGAAAGAUCUAGAUAACCUGGAAGUCACUCUGGCCAAGGCGGAGAAGGAAAAACAUGUCACUGAGUGCAAGGUUAAAAACUUGGUGGAGGAGAUGGCUACAUUGGAUGAAACCAUCUCCAAGCUGACUAAAGAGAAGAAAGCCCUCCAGGAAGCCCAUAUGCAGGCUCUGGAAGACCUGCAGGCCGGGGAGAACAAAGUGAACAUGCUGUCCAAAGCAAAAAUCAAGCUGGAGCAGCAGGUGGAUGAUUUAGAGGGCUCUCUGGAACUGGAGAAGAAAGUACGUAUUGAUCUGGAGCGGGCGAAGAGGAAGAUGGAGGGAGAUCUGAAGCUUUCCAUUGAGUCGACCAUGGAUUUGGAGAACAACAAACAGCAGCUAGAGGACAGACUGAAAAAGAAAGACCAUGAAAUGAGUCUAAUAGGUGCAAAGAUUGAGGAAGAGCAAGCUAUGGUUAUGCAACUACAAAAGAAAAUUAAAGAAUUACAGACCCGUAUAGAAGAGCUGGAGGAGGAAUUAGAGGCUGAAAGAGCAGCUCGACAAAAGGUAGAAAAGCUGCGAACCGAUGUGUCGCGGGAACUGGAGGAAAUCAGUGAACGUCUGGAGGAAGCAGGAGGUGCCACCACUGCCCAGAUUGAGAUGAAUAAGAAGCGUGAGGCUGAAUUUCUGAAGCUGCGGCGAGACUUGGAGGAGGCCUCGCUGCAUCAUGAAGCCACCAUGGCCAUGCUGAGGAGAAAGCAUUCGGACACUAUGGCUGAGAUGGGAGAACAGGUGGAUAACCUACAGAGGAUCAAACAGAAGCUGGAGAAGGAGAAGGCAGAGGCUAGGAUGGAGUCUGAUGAUCUGGCAUCUAACCUUGAACAUCUCUCCCGAUCCAAAGCUACCACUGAAAAAACGUGCAGGAUGUAUGAGGACCAAUUAAGUGAGUCUAAAAGCAAAGUAGAGGAACUCCAGAGGCAGCUAAUGGAGGUCACCUCUCUAAAAGCACGAACCCUGUCAGAGAAUGCCGAGGCCAGUCGCAGACUGGAAGAAAGAGAUGUUCUGGUCAUGCAGCUGCAGCGAUCAAAGACUUCACUCAACCAGACGCUGGAAGAGCUAAAGAAACAGCUGGAAGAGGAAUGCAAAGCAAAGAAUGGAUUAGCUCAUGCUGUACAGUCCUCCAGACAUGACUGUGACCUCUUGAGAGAGCAGUUCGAUGAGGAGCAGGAGGCCAGAUCAGAGUUACAACGCGCUUUAUCUAAAGCUAAUGUUGAGAUCGCUCAGUUGAGGACAAAGUAUGAGACUGAUGCCAUUCAAAGAACUGAGGAGCUUGAGGAUGCCAAAAAGAAGCUGGUUGCUCGACUCCAGGCUUCUGAGGAGACCAUAGAAGCCUCCAAUGCCAAGUGUGCCUCCUUGGAGAAGACUAAACAUCGUCUGCAGACUGAGAUUGAAGACUUGAUGGUUGACCUGGAGAGAUCUAAUGCCGUGGCUACUGCAAUGGACAAAAAACAACGCAAUUUUGAUAAGGUUCUUUCUGAAUGGAAGCAAAAGUUUGAGGAGACACAGGCAGAGCUGGAGAGCUCUCAAAAAGAGUCCCGCAGCCUCGGCACAGAACUCUUUAAGCUGAAAAACUCAUAUGAAGAAGCCAUUGAUCAACUGGAGACGAUAAAAAGAGAGAAUAAGAAUCUGCAAGAGGAAAUAACUGACCUGGCCGAUCAGAUUGGUCAAGGGAACAAGACCAUCCAUGAGCUUGAGAAGGUGAAGAAGACACUGGACAGUCAAAAGAGUGACAUUCAAGCAGCACUAGAGGAGGCUGAGGGCACUCUGGAGCACGAGGAGAGCAAGACCCUACGUGUCCAGCUUGAGCUCAGUCAGGUCAGAACUGAGGUCGAGAGGAAGCUUGCAGAAAGAGAUGAAGAGAUUGACAAUAUCCGUCGAAACCACCAACGAGCUUUGGACAGCAUGAAGACCACACUGGAGGCUGAGACCAGGGCCCGUAAUGAGGCCGUCAGGGUAAAGAAAAAGAUGGAGGGAGAUCUGAAUGAGAUGGAGAUCCAACUGAAUCAUGCCAACAGACAGGCUGCAGAGUCCCAGAAAUUAGUACGCAACCUACAGCUUCAAAUGAAGGACCUGCAAGUGGAACUGGAUGAGACUACACAUCAGUGUGAAGAACUAAAGGAGCAGGUGGUGGUCACAGAUCGCAGGAAUGUCCUGCUCACAUCAGAGGUGGAGGAAUUACGUCGAGUGGUAGAGCAGACAGACCGCAUACGUAAAGUCGCGGAGCAUGAGCUUCUGGAAUCAAGUGAGAGAGUCAGUCUGCUGCAUACUCAGAACACAGCAGUGUUGAACCACAAGAAGAAGUUGGAGAGUGAUCUGUCUGUGCUGUCUGGUGAAGUGGAUGAUGCUUUUCAUGAGUGCCGCAAUGCUGAGGAAAAGGCAAAGAAAGCCAUUACUGAUGCAGCAACGAUGGCAGAAGAACUGAAGAAAGAACAGGACACUAGCGGUCACCUAGAGAGGAUGAAGAGAAACAUGGAGCAGAACAUCAAAGAUCUUCAGAUGCGCCUGGAUGAAGCUGAACAGAUCGCUCUCAAGGGAGGAAAGAAACAGAUUCAGAAAAUGGAAAUUCGGGUAAGAGAGCUAGAAGGAGAGCUGGAAUCUGAACAGAAGAAAAGUGGAGAGUUUCAGAAGGGAAUGCGCAAAUAUGAGAGAAGAAUCAAAGAGCUCACGUACCAGACAGAGGAGGACAGGAAAACUCUUCUGAGAAUGCAAGAUCUGAUCGAUAAACUACAAGCUAAAGUGAAGAGCUACAAGAGGCAGGCUGAGGAUGCAGAGGAGCAAGCCAACUGCAAUUUGUCCCAUUUCAAGAAAAUCCAGCAUGAGCUGGAUGAAGCUGAAGAGAGGGCGGAUAUGGCCGAAUCUCAGGUCAACAAGCUGCGGGUUCGUACCCGAGAGACACAAAUUGUUAAGAUCAUGGAGUGAAGAUUGUAACGUCAUUCUUUACCUUUUGGUCUUUAGAAAAUGCUGCACGGCACGAGUUUGACUGAUACUUAAUAAGGAUAAAAAUAAAAUUCUGUUGUUGUGAUCAAUAAAAAUAUAAAUGAGAAUUUCGGUAGGUCAAACUAUAGUUUAGAAAAGCUCAAUUUAAAGCAUUCACUGUGCAGCUUUUUGCCAAGGGCUGUCUGUGAUUCUUUUAAAGGGUCUUAGGCUAUGGAGUUUAUGAUUUGCAGUGUUUUGGAAAUCACUUCCGUGUUAUUACAGCAAUAGUUCCUGUCUGCACCCUUCUGUAACAAUUGUUUUGUCUUUGGACUGAGCUUUUUUAAGAUGUUGUGUUAGUCUCUAAACACUGUGGGUGAUACACAUGUUUGCAUGAUCAUGUCACGUGGCACAGAAAUGUAUUUGCAAUAAAAAUGCCAAUACUG